AGAACCUGCAAGAUCAGCUUAUCUGCAUCAGUUAUACAAAUCACAUCUGCAGCUAUGCUACCUAAGUGUUUCAUCUUUGCCUGCUUGGCUUUCGUUGGCCGCGUGUCCAGUAAGCCUGCACACCCUGGGAAAUAUCACAACGACCAACUUCAACAGCACUUCGGACCAGGUUGCGGAGGGAAACCAGCUGAGCUCUUCUUUCUCUUGGACACUUCAUCCAGCAUAUGGCAACCCGAUUUCAGAACUCAACUGGAUUUCGUCUCUGACGUCGUCGACCUGUUCGACAUUGGCCCCAACAACACACGGGUCGGUGUUGCCACCUUUUCCUCACUCUACUACCCACAGUUCGGUCUGGAUACAUAUGAGGACAAAGAACAGCUCAAAAAAGCCAUUCUCGAGAUACCCUACAUGGGCGGAAACACACUCACCGGAACAGCCAUCAGAUACAUGCGCGAGAAGGCCUUUGCUCCAGGGAUCGUCCGUGACGGCGUAGACAAGAUCGCCGUAGUUCUGACUGAUGGAAGGUCACGUUACCCUGGUCAGACUGAGACAGAGGCUAUGAAGACCAAGAUGGAAGGCAUCAACGUCUUUGCUGUUGGUAUUGGUAAAAACUUUGAUCCCAAGGAGUUGACCCUCAUCGGCAGCGAACCGUCAGAGACUUACGUGUAUGAAGUGGCGAGCUAUGAUGCUUUGGAAAAUAUAAAGGAAAACUUUGCCUUGGGUGCAUGUGAAGACAUCAUGGCGGAGGCCAUCAUGCAGGGAGAUCAGUCAGCUUGCCACAGCGACACCUUGGCCGAUGUCAUGUUCGUGUUCGACUCUGCUGCUAUGGGAUCAACUAAGACGAGCAAAUUACAGGAGUUCAUCGGAACCGUCGUGGAUGAGUUCAACUUUGCGGAUGGCGUCAUGAGGGCCGGUGUUGUUUCCAGGAACUGUCACGAUGGAGAUAUAGAGCUUGGAGAGCACUCAGACAAAGAUGAGUUUGCCAAAGAUCUCCGAAACCGUGACUACCCGGAUCUGAGUCAAGUCCUUCGGAAGAUGCACCGUCACAGCUUCACCCUGGAACAUGGUGCACGAGAAAUGGCGAGGCGCAUGGCUGUUGUGUUUGUGGAUGAUAAGCUGGAGAUUCCGAAGGGUGUGUUCCACGAGAUAGAGGAGUCCAAGAAUAAAAACAUCGAGAUCUUCGUGGUGGCCAUUGGUGAGGAAGUUGAUAUAGCGAAAGUGGAGGCCAUGGCGUCAUCUCCAGAUCACGUGUUCCCGAUUCCCGACUAUGACGUCCUACGCGAGACUAAUCUGCAACUUAUCGACGUUCUUUGUGCAGACUACUAAAGAAUAGUUAUCUGGUGAAGCUGGUUAUCUCAUCCAUCAUGGCCCCUGCAUUACAUCAAACUCGAGUGUUCCACCGCAGCACUAUCUAACAAUU